AUGACUAGUCCUGAUUUGACGGGAAAACUUCAUCGCUGGGAGUUGACGCUCCAAGAGUUUGAUUUUAACGUCGAGUAUAGGCCGGGCAGUACAAACGCAGUCGCAGAUGCGUUGUCGAGGUCUCCCUCGAAGGCGAAUGGCGAGGCAGAGCAGCCUCAGAACGACGAACAGGACAUACAGCAGUCUGAGGACGAGCAUACGGACGCGUCGAGGGCGACGAACGGUACGAGAGUUGGUGUGGAGUCGCAGGCAGCGACUGGUGACGCAAUAGUGAUGACCGGCACGUUUCCGAGUCGGGGCAGGACGCAAGGCGAGGAUCAGACGGUGGAAGCGUCCCAGACGCUGGACGAGAACCACGCGAUGGAAGAGCCGAACAGCGAGAAGCAGCAGGACACGGCGCCAAACGGUGAAAUGGCUGGUAAGGCAGUGAAGCCAGUUGCGUCGAGGAGGAGAAGAACGAGGAAGAGCGGGAAGAGCGACAGUGUGGCAACGACGACCAAGGACGGCGAAAGCAAAUCAGUAUCGAGGCCAUUGACAAGAGUGGCCAAGCGGCGAGCUGAGGCGGCUCAGGCAACUAACGCAGGCACGAAUGAGUUGACGAGCGUGGCGGAGGAGAUGGCGACGCCAUGCAAGGAGCCAGAUGAAGCAAGAAGGCCCCUGAGUGAGGUGGUGGAACCUCUGAGCGUUGGUGAUGUGGCGGCAACGACGCGUGGUGCGAUACCAAGGACAACGACGGUGUCGACAACUCCAAGUACGACGACGAAGCCAAGAACAGCGUGGACGUGUUACGUGGGCGUCGUCGGUGAACGAGUAUGA